AUGCCACCACAGAUAAAAGCAGACAUUAACCGAUCAGGUUGGGAGGCGACGGACUUCCCUUCGGUUUGCGAAAACUGCCUGCCCGAAAACCCCUACGUCAGAAUGUUAAAGGAAGACUACGGAGCAGAAUGCAAACUAUGUACCAGGCCCUUCACUGUUUUCAGUUGGCCCGCGAGCCGCGCACACGGUCGGAAGAAGCGCACCAACAUUUGCCUAACCUGCGCGCGCCUCAAGAACUGCUGCCAGUCUUGCACCCUCGACCUGUCCUUUGGUCUGCCCAUUGCUGUCCGCGAUGCCGCGCUGAAGAUGGUAGCUCCCGGUCCCACUUCCGACAUAAACAGGGAAUACUUUGCUCAAAAUAAUCACGAAGCUAUCGAGAAAGGGCUCAUUGGUACCGAGGAGUACGAAAAGACCGACGACAAAGCCCGAGAGUUACUUCAACGCCUAGCACAAAGCAAGCCGUAUUUUCGUAAGGGUCGGCAGGUGAAUGGUGAUGGGAGUCCUGUCACUAGUGGUGGUUAUGCGGGUGCCAGCGGGAGGAUAGGGGGAAGCAGCAUUCUGGGAAACGCUGCUGUCGGAGCGGGCGUUGGCGGCCCUGGUCCGAUUAGGACCCGCGAUUCCAAGGCCGCGCGUGCCUUUGGGGACGGUUCCGAUAAAUCAGCGCCGAGUGCGAGGAAGUUACCAGCUGCGCUCCCCCCUCCCGGACCCAAGGAUUGGAUGCCUCCUGUCGAUGAGAACAUCAUGUCGCUGUUUGUCACGGGAGUUGAAGAUGACCUACCGGAGUACAAGAUUCGCGACUUCUUCAAGGCACAUGGCAAAAUCAGGUCCCUUGUGUGCUCGCACAUGUCACACUGUGCGUUUAUCAAUUACGACUCGAGGGAUGCGGCCGAGAAGGCGGCAGCUGCUUGCCAGGGACGCGCUGUUAUUGCCGGAUGUCCUUUGAGGGUGCGAUGGGGACAGGCUCGACCUAUUGGCACGAUGGGCCGCGAGCAGCGAGUGGAAAUGAUUCGGGAUGGACGAUCUGCAUUUCCAGAAUUACGAAAGAAACUAGGAGGCGACAGGAGUAGCAAGGCUACUGUGGGAGGAGAAGAUGGCGACGACGGCACCUAUGAUGGCGAAACAGAUCCGUCAAGACUUGCUGCUGCUGCCCCUCCAGGUGCUGCUGACGUGCCAUAUGCCAGUCUUGCAGGCAACUGA